AUGAUAUUCCGUGUGAUCGCAGCACUGAAUCGCUACAAAACCGUUGGCGAUGGCUUCUUGGUACAUUCUGAAUGGAUUCGGAAGCUUCAGACGCCGUCAUUGCUUGGAAUUGUGGCGAACCCGGAAAUAAAGCAGUCUAAGUUAUUGAAAUUGAUACUCAUCUCAAACUAUUGUGACAGCUCAUGCACUGCAGCUUCGGUUUUAUCAUUGCCAUUUGGAGUGUUUGUGAUUGUCCCCUAUGCUGUAAUUAACUUGGCUGGGCCAUCUGCAUUGCUUUCACUGCUCAUUGCUUUCAUCGUCGCGAUUCUCUCCGGUUAG